GCUGUAUAAAUACAGCCACAGAACUGAACAGUGUAUCAUUGACCACCUCGACAGCUCCAUCACCCACAACUUUCCAGAAAUACUCCUCAGAAUGGUUUCCAAACAAGUCCUUGUCGUCGCUGUGUUCUGCAGCAUGUACGCAGUUGCCGUCGCCUCAAACCCGUGCAUCGCAGCGUGUUCAGGCCGCCCCAACGGUGACUACCAAUCCUGCAACGGCUGCGACGUGUACGCGACGUGUGCCAACGGUUACCUGUACGACAACCGACCCUGCGUUGCUGGCACAGUGUGGGAUGACACACUCAAACGCUGCGAGAUGACUUCAACCACCUGCCCCCCAGACCCCUGUGUCAGUUCCUGCAACGGCCUUGCCAACGGUGACUACCAAUCCUGCAACGGCUGUAACGUGUACGCAUCCUGUAACGGUGGCUUCAUUAUCGACAACCGACCCUGUCCCGCUACUCUAGUGUGGGACGACAGCCGCAAGGCCUGCGAUACAUCCUCCACAACAUGUUCUUAAAACACAACCAGUUUGACAUGUUCUGACAAGGCCGCCUGUGUGACCUGUUUUCAAACACCACCUCUGUGAUCUCAUUUUAAAACACCACCACUGCAGUGACCUGUUUUUGAAACGUCAGAGAUUAUUGAUGUGAGCUCCUCGGUGAUACAGUGACGAAUGUAUUUAUUAGAUAACAAAUAAACUUCCAUUUGAAUCUAUAAUGUACUGAAAUGUAAUACAGUAACUAUUUAAUAACAGGGGAUGCAUUUCUUCAUACAACGGGAGCCGAUAGUUUAACUAUACUUGAG